GACGUUGUGAUACGGUAGUGGAGUCUCUGCAACGCGUCGACGUAGGCCUACUCUGGUAAAUCUAUGAUUUAAGGCCACGAAACAUGGAUUUGGGACGCAGAAAUUCCGAUUUGUUUGGGACUCGAACUCACCUCGUUUGAUCUGCAGUCAAGACCUUUCCCUCUAUGCUAGCGAGAAGCGCUGAUACCGGAAAGAGUAUUUUUACGAUUAUCAGCCGAUAGUUCGACUAGUCUUGACCCGCAGACCCUUUACUGACUAAAUAAACCGAUGUCUAUGGACAAUUACACGCACAAGAUCUCGCUCGAAAUUUGACGGAAUAAAGCCAUAUUCUGUUUUGAUGGUAGAGAUGGCUCGGAUCCAGGAUCGAACAACAUGCCGUUACAGUUCUCCAGCAGAAGUGGGCCAAAGGUCAUAGAGAAUUCUCGUGAUGAAGAACAAGACAUCCAAUCGUCAGACCGAGGAGGAGGACGCUUGAGAAGAAGAAAAUCUACUCCAGAAAGACAAAUGUGGGAAGGGGAUGGAGCCAUGGGUUACCAGGACAACCUCAUGAACAGCGCCCUCAUGAUGGGCGGCAGCGGGGGCAGUCCCAUAAUGCCAGGUCCAGAUUUUGGUGGCCUAGCAGCGGGUUACCCGUUCCCCUUGGAGGGACAGGACUACAUGCAAGGCGGUCCCAUGGGGGGCCAACCCAUGAUGCCUAUGGGAGGAUCGUUGAUGGGACCGCCCAUGGGAGGACCUAUGGGCAUGGGGGACUUGUCCGGUAAUGGGCCCAGGAAACCGGUCCUGCACUUUGCUGAUUUCACCCUAUUUCCACCGACCGUGCACCAGGGUCCACCGCCAGUCGGUGAGCGCCCUCUAGGAUGCAAGACCAUCUUCGUCGGCGGUCAGCCUGAGAACAUGACGGUGGACAUGAUGCUUGAACUCUUCACCAAACACGGAGGAGAGGUCAUCAACAUCCGACAAGGAAAGAGAAACUUCUGCCAUGUUCGCUUCAAGGAAGAGAUGUCCAUAGACAAGGCCAUGUUUGUUUCAGGCUAUAGAGUGCGGAUUGGUGCAAACAUCGACCCACCCAACAACGGCCGUCUUCGGCUAGACUUUGCAGAGAAUCGUGAUGACCAGUACGAGUUCGAAUGUGAUCAGCGGCGCAGGGCCAGAGAGGCAAGACAUGCUAAUAAAACAAGCAUUGUUGUACCGGAAGAACCGGCCGUGACACCGAGGUACUCGCACAUCGAGAGCUCCAACCUGCUUGCAAAAGUCAAAGAUGGUGAGACAUUCCCUCAAGCUGCUAACAUGCUCGUCACGUGGCUAGAGAGAGGAGAGUGUGAUAAAAGAAAUUCAACUCAGUUCUACAACUUGGUCAAGUCGGCACACAUGCAUGUGAGACGGCUGAUCGGUGAGAAAGCUCAGUGUGACCUGAACCUCAAUCAGAUACAACAGCAGUUCAGGAUGCAGGUUAUUGGCCUCAUUACACAAUACACGCUGAUCGAGCAGGUAUUAAUGAGUGCAUGUAAGCAGAAGGUCUGGGAUCAUUUUACCAAGGCACAACGGAAAAACAUUGAAGGCUGGAAGCAACAGACUAAGGAGUUGCGUCAGCAGCAGCAAGAGGAGCUAGGAUUGGGUGAGAAGGGGGAGGCAGAGAUGGAUAUGUCAGAUGAAGAAGACCAAAGUGGGACUCACAGCGAGGCAAAACGCCAACGGACAGACACUCCUAUCUCAGAGUCAUCCUCUGUAAAAAAUCUGUCGGUACCUCCAGCUCAGCCCGAUGACCAGCUCCAGCUCCAGGUCCAGGCGCUGAUGCACCAGAACAACGUCCUGCGCAACCAGUUGGAGUCUCAGAAAUCCAAGGAUGAAUCUACCAUUCUGGCCCCGCCCGGGACCACGCCCACCACCGUGCCGAUCGCUAACGAGGAGAUGGAAACUCAGAUCAAAGCACUCCAACAUUCUCUACUUAGUAUGCAACAGCAACUUCAAGAUACUAAGAACAAAUGGAAGAAGGAAGAAUCAAUGCGGAAAGAAACAGAGGAGAGACUUCAAUCCGUAGAAGCACAGUUAUCGAGCAGGAUUGACUCGGUGCCUACGAAAGCGGACACAGAUUCGACCCUUGACCCCAAGAAGGCUGACAUGAUAGGUCUACUGAGCAUCUUUCUUCACGUUCAUCCGUUCGGUGCAUCAACGGAAUACCUAUGGUCAUACAUGCAGCGUAUCAACCCAUCGGUGACCAUCACGGAGAUUGAAGGGCUACUGAACUCCUACCCAACCAUAUUCCGGCAUGAUCUCUUCGGGGUCGGUGCCUCGCUAGAGAAGCGGUGGCGCUACACAGCCUUCUCGAAAUUUUACGACCUGAAAUUGGAUAAUAAUAGUUCAUGAGGAUGUUUUGAUGGGAUAUAGAGGAACUGAGCCAUGAGGACUUAAUUGUUGAAGCGUUACUUGACCUUGGGGUCAACAUUUGAACCUUUGGAAGGUCAGAGUUUUGUAUGUGGCCUUGUUAUUGUGAUCCUGUGUUAUUUGCAAUACUGCAAAGCUGUGUACAUGAUCAGCUGACAUGCUAUGUUUGGAACGGUUUUUAGAUUCUUUUGUGAUUCCAUCUCACAAAGACAAGCUUAUGACUAGUCAAUUAGAACAAAGUUGUUACUGAUGCCAUCUUAGGAUUACCUGUGUUCUUUCAGUAAGGACAAGUCUGUAAGUAUAUGUAACGCUAAAAGCUUUAAUUGCAAUGUUUUAAAAGUGCAUCUCUUGAGACCAACUUUUUGCAUGUUUUGGUAUGAUGAGGAAACAAAUGGGUCAUGCUAUACUCGAGUAAUUCGAGUAUAACAUUUUACAUCCUGAAUUUCACCCAAAUGAGGAUUAGGAGUCGAGGGGGAAAUGCUCCAUUGUGGCAGCUGUAUGUAAUAAUUUCAUAAGAGAAUCAAUGUAAAGGUUUGAAUUAAUUCUUGGACCAUGAAUGCAUGAAUGUAUAUACUGCUACACAAAUCAAUGAAAAUAGCUAUUAAUAACGGCAUUUUCUCUAUGUGUUGUGUGGGAAGGAAGUUGAUGUUUACUACUAAAACAAAAAUAAUAUGUUGACUACUUUGAAAUUUGUUCAAACUUUAUUGGAUAUGAAAUACGUCAGAAUACCCAUGUCUGUACAUACAUGUACCAUAAUGCACCAAAAUUAUACAAAUAAAACAAUUUCUUUGCAAAAUUAAACAAAACUCCCUCAAAAAAACACCGAAAACAAUUUUAAAGACAUACUUCAGGCUGUAAAAAAUAAAUUCUUUGUAAAAGUUCUAUGCAUGUCUUCAUGAAUAAACAAUGAGGAAAUUAAUGUCAUAACCACACAUACUAUGAUCACUCAUAUUUCAUCCUCCAAUGAUUGAAAAAUUGGAUUAGCAACUGAUUUAUAGGGAUGCACCAGGCUGAAGAUAUUUAUAUCUAUCAAAAUCGGAUAAUAAAUAACUUGAAUUUUAAAAAUUUGCAUUAUUCCGGUGAAACAUUUCUAGGUUUAUCUUCAUGAAUAUUCAUAAGGUGGGCUGAUGUCAUAUCCCCACUUGUUUUGUAUUUUAUUAUAUGAAAUUAGAUUUAUUCAAUAAUUUUCUACCUAGAACUAAAUCAAUUGGAUUCACAACUGAUAAAGUGCAUUAGUUAUUUAUUGCUGCAACUUAAAGUGGGGAUGUGACGCCAUCAGACCACCUAAUGAAUAUUCAUGAAGACAGGCCUAGAACUGUUUUACCGGAAUAGUGCAAAUCUUUAAAAUUCAAUAACUUUGGGGGGUUUGUGAAUUUUACUCUAUUUAUUUAUAACUAUAUGUUAUUAUAUGAAAUCUCAUAGGAGAAACGACAUGAGCCAACCUGACGAAUAUUCAUGACGAUGUGCAUAUAACUUUUCACAAAACAAUUUACUCAAUGAAUAGAACAAAAUGUAUAAUUAAGAACAGACUUUGCUAUUCACAUGAACAUAUAAAACUGGAUUAUAGAGAGCCUUCGAUAACAUUUCAAA